AUGUUUUUAAAAACAAACAUAAUUUUUGCUAUUUUGUUCAUUUUUGGAACAUUAAUAUGUAUAAUUAAACCUCAACCAGGACCACCAGUUGUUGAUGAAACAACACGUUGGAAAGAAUGUUCUCCAACAAAUCAAAGUAUUUAUGAUUUUCAAGUUGAAACUUUACAAGGUGAAUAUACUGAUUUAAGCCAAUAUAAAGGUCAAGUUCUUUUAAUUAUUAAUGUUGCCACAUUUUGUGCUUAUACUCAACAAUAUACAGAUUUUAAUCCAUUAAUUGAAAAAUUUAAUAGUAAAGGAUUUUCAAUUCUUGCUUUUCCAUGUAAUCAAUUUUAUCUUCAAGAACCAGCAGAAAAUCAUGAAUUAUUAAAUGGAAUACGAUAUGUUCGUCCUGGUAAUGGAUUUAAACCACAUAAAAAUCUUCAUAUUUAUGGAAAACUUGAAGUUAAUGGAGAAAACCAACAUCCAUUAUAUGAAUUUCUUAAAGAUACUUGUCCAGGAACAAUUAACCAAUUAGGUAAACGUGAAGAAUUAAUGUAUAAUCCAAUUCGUCAAAAUGAUAUUACAUGGAAUUUUGAAAAAUUCCUUGUUGAUAGAAACGGAAUUGUAAGAUAUCGUUUUCAUCCAACAGCAUGGUCACAUGGUCAAGUUCUCACACCAUUCCUUAACAGACUUUUAGCAGAAAAAUAUUCUUCAUAA